ACUUUUGCAAUUCUCACAGAAAGCAGGGAUCAUUUUCCUUUUAUUUUUCACAUAGGGUUUUUGGAUUAUUCAAUUCUUCCUCUACUUGAAAUCCAAUUAAUUUGAUCCCCAAUUACUCUUCUCGGUCCUCUGAAUUUCAGUUCUCGUUCACAAUUUCAGUUUUCAGUUUGCUUUCGGGAAACUUGAUUUUGGUUCGCUUGUUCAGUCGAUUAAGUCUUUAGUGGAAAUGGCAUCGUUUGGGGCAGUGAAACUGGAGAUCGAGGACCCUCUUGAAGACCAGCAUGCACCUCUCAGUAAACGAUCGAGGCUUUCUGGUUCUUCCUCGUUGUCAUCUGAUCAGUGGAGCAAUGGAAGCAAUGAAUUCCAAAUCCCACCUUCACAAUACAAUCCACUUGAUGAGCCAAGCCCCUUGGGUUUGAGGCUGAGAAAGAGCCCAUCACUGUUGGACUUGAUCCAGAUGAAACUCUCACAAAGCAAUGCUUCACCCAUGUUGCCUACUUCAAGUGAUCAAACCUCUGGAAGCAAGAAGGAAGAACGGGGUUCAUCUACUUCAAGUGGAACUGAUAAAUUGAAGGCCUCAAAUUUCUGUGGUUCACUUCUAAAGAUAGGCUCCUGGGAGUAUGUGUCAAGAUAUGAAGGUGAUUUGGUUGCAAAGUGUUACUUUGCUAAGCAUAAAAUUGUUUGGGAAAUUCUUGAGGGUGGGUUGAAGAGUAAAAUUGAGAUACAGUGGUCUGAUAUUAUGGGCUUGAGAGCAGACUGUCCUGAUGAUGCUCCGGGCACUUUAACUGUUGUGCUGGUUCGACAACCCCUUUUCUUCAGGGAAACUAAUCCACAGCCCAGGAAGCACACUCUUUGGCAAGCAACAACAGAUUUUACUGAUGGACAGGCUAGCAUAAAUAGGCAACACAUCCUACGGUGUCCACCAGGUGUCUUGAAUAAGCAUUUUGAGAAGCUGAUAAUGUGUGAUACACGACUUCUCUUUUUGAGUCAGCAGCCUGAAAUAUUAAUGGAUUCACCAUAUUUUGAGUCUCAACCUUCUCCUGUUGAAAACUCUAAUGACCUCAAAGACCAUGGUUUAAAUCUACUUUCUUCUGCUAAAGGAUCUCCUACCACAGGUGUCCAAAGUAUAGCAUCAUCACCAGCUGCAGGACAAUCUUCUAUAAGUUUCGAACAAGAUCUCCUCAAUGUAGCUCCUGAACAUUCUUCCAAGGAUGCUCCUUCUCCCAGCUCAGUGAUGGAUACCCGUGCAAUUGAAGGGAAUGGAAGAAAUCUCAAAGGAAAUGAUUCUCUACGGCGAGAAUGCUGGGAACAAUUGAAAGUGACUGGACUUCGCCCAUCAAUGUCAAUGACUGACCUUGUAAACCAUAUAGGAAAUUGUAUUUCGGAACAGGUAAACUCGGGGAAUAUGCAUUCCAACCAGGCAUCAGAGUGUCAGGGCAUACUGGAGAACAUUGCUCAUAUUUUGAUGAGCGAUAAUCAAUCUGCAGCAGCAGCAGCUUCGGAUGAGAAAUGUCUGAUGAAGAAGGUGAAUUCCCUUUGCUGUCUCUUGCAGGAUCCUGCCACAAUUAACAAUGCCCAGGUUGAUGAAGAAAAACAUUUUGGAGUAGUGGCCGCCUCACAUGAUGAGGAGGAGGCUAAGACUGGGAGCGGGAGCAUGAUGUGUGGUGGAGAGGACAGUAGGCAGGCGGCAAGCAUCCCAAGGAGAGACUCGUUUGCUGAUUUGUUGUUUCAGCUUCCGCGCAUUGCUUCUCUUCCGAAGUUUUUAUUUGACAUUGCCGAAGAUGAUGGAAACCAACCCUGAUGUUGAUGCUGAUAAUCUCGGAAAGAAAGACAGGUGUGGUAUUCGGAAAUUUAUUUUGAUGAAGAAUCCCCCUUCCUUAGAUUGGCUUUCCGUGCAUGAUGCGAUGCAUGACUUGUUGUUCCUGUUGUACUAUUUAUUAUUGUUUUAUUGUUAAGUGUAUACAAUACAAUACACUGUAAAUUGAUUACAUUACCUUCAGGGCAAGUCCCCUUCAGGCGUAGGAACAAUAAUUUCAGUCGAUGUUUUCCUCGUCAGGAAUCAGUGUUAGACUGUUAGCUACCAAUUUAUUGACUCACUCAAAACAUUAAUAUAUACUCCAAUCCGUCUCA